AUGCGCUCGUUGAGCACGACGCGCGGGUCUGACCGCGGAGGGGUCCGAGGGAGGCUGCAGGGGUCCGGCACGAUGCUUUUACUUUGCCUCCUCGCGUCCGUGCUGUCCACUCACGGCUGUCCGGACAGAUGUUUGUGCGCCUCGCAGACUGUGAAAUGCCAAAACCAGGACUUGGACGCGGUUCCGCAUCCCAUACCGAACAACACCAGGUUCCUGUUCCUUUCAGGAAACAACAUCUCGCGCGUCGGCGAGGCCUCUUUCCCUGACCGUCUGGAAUUCCUCACGGAUCUCUAUCUCGGCGGGAACGGGAUGGAGCGCGUGGACGACAUGGCGUUCGGCAACCUGCCCAACCUCACGCUUCUGGACCUGAGCAACAACAGAAUCCAGGAUUUCAGCGACAGAGCUUUCCCUCCCGACAGCAGACUGCAGCUCCUGAACCUCAGCGGGUCCAUCCGCAACCACUCCUCGGCCGAUUCGGUCCUAGACUUCCUGCAAAAUUCCGAUUUCCCCCAGCUGAGCGCGUUGGAUCUGUCCCAAAACGACCUGGUGGUUCUUCCCCGCGGGAUCUUCGGCGGCCUGCCCAACCUGAGCGCCCUCAGUCUGCGGAACAGCUCCCUGGUGGCCGUCCAGAACGGGACCCUGGCGGCCCCGCCGCUGCGAGAACUGGACCUGAGGGACAACGGCCUGCGGGGGCUGCCGGCCGCCGCGCUGGCCGAGCUCGGCCUGAAGCCGGGCCUCCGCGUGCGGCUGCUGGGCAACCCCUGGCGCUGCGACUGCCUCCUGGACGACAUGCUGGCGUGGCUGAGGAACUCCUCGCAGGCGGCCGACGCCGCCGGCCUGACCUGCUCCGGCCCGGAGGCCCUGAGGGGCCGGCCCCUGCUGCGGCUGGAGCCGUCCCGCCUCAAGUGCUCCGGCAGCAUGGAGGGCGUGCUGGAGACCUCCUACGUCUUCCUGGGCCUGGUGCUGGCCCUGAUCGGCGUCAUCUUCCUCCUGGUGCUCUACCUGAACAGGAAGGGCAUCAAGAAGUGGAUGUACAACAUCCGGGACGCGUGCCGAGACCACAUGGAGGGGUACCACUACAGGUACGAGAUCAACUCCGACCCCCGCCUGGCCAACCUGAGCAUCAACUCGGACCCUCUGCCGCAUGUCCCGCACAAGCACCCGGCAGCUGGGAUGCCGACCGUGUUCUCGCUGUCACAUCGCAUGGACGGUGAAUCGUGGCGAAGGGGGUCUUUUGGGAGAGCCGGCCCCAUGCGAUGCGUUCAGUUUUCGAUUUUUUUUCCCCGAAGGGUGAAUGGACGGAGGGCCCUGAAACGCAUCGCCUUCCCCUCCGACUCCGUUUCGCUUCCGCUCCAGUUUGCCACUCUGGAUAUGUGA